AUGGUCCAAGUGCUGCUGGCUUCUGAGCCGCAAGGAUGGAAGCAGCUUCUCCAAGGGUUUCGCAGCGAGCAGCUCGGCAAAUUGCUGGAAUGUCUGCGCAUGCUGCGCCCAGGCGCAAGGAAGCCCACCUCCGCAAGAAGCGCAAGAGAAGCGCAGCGGAACAUCGUGGAUGACAACAGCGAUGAAGCACCACAAAGGAAGUAUCUCCACUGGCACAGGCAGAGAGGUCGAUACGAAGCCAAAUGUGAAGUGGGUAACCUUGAGAUUCGCUCACCAUAUUCGCUUUUCCUGCCAGUCGCAGCCUACUACCACUCUGCAAUUGUGGAGCUUCGGGGCUUCAUUCAGCAGUACUUUCGGGUGAAGCCAGAUGCUACCUUUGAAGCAGCACUGAAAGAUGCUUUCAUGAAACUUGGUCGUGCAGGAUAUUGUUGCCCAUUCACAUUCACUAGUCGCAGAUUUCUUGAAUCUCGAAAGCAUCUCCGAAUGCCAGCUGUUUACGACUUGGAGACAGCUCUUGAGAUGCGCCGCGACUUGCUCGAAGUGCCCACGGUCGCGAGGUUCAAUCAGGUCAAGAAGAACUGGGACAAGAAAUUACAAGAUCAUGAAGCGCAGGCAAAACGCCAUGACAAGGCCCACGAGCUGAAAGGCUACAUCUUGGCCCAACAGGAGUUCCUUUGUGAGUGUCCAACGGUUCGCCUUCGAAAGCUGGGCAAGCAGCCCCCUGAUGUGAUGCUGAAGGUUCCAGUGCCGGGAAAUCUGGCAGCGCGGCUGCAGGCGGGUGGGCAGGAAGUGGCAGAGCUGCAAAAGAUGCUCUCCGGCGUUGCCGGGCGGAAAGCUAUCAUGCAGUUCUUCCGGGCAGAGCACGUGCGGAGGUUGGCCCUGGACUAUGGAGGGUGGGGGCGGAUGGGUCCAAUGAAUGACACGCAGAAAGCAGGCAUCCUUGGUUUCGUGCCGAUUGUGGACUUAGCUUGGCUCAGCUGCGCCAACUCCACAUGGAGACAGGAAGUCCACCAGCACCUGGCGAACCGUGGCAGCCAGGCUGUUGUGCUUACACCGCGAGAUUUUAGCAUGAUCGCACCUCUUCCCCAGAUCCUUUACUUCUUGAGUGAGAAGCUGCAAGGAGUGCAACGCAUGGACUUGAGAGAGAUGCCGCUGGACGUGAUGUCCAGCAGCUUGUUGUGGGCAACCCUGUCGGAGCUCCACAGCCUCCAGCUGGUUGUCGUUCACAGGUCGCACGCGUCGUACCCGCCGAUAGCUCUCGAGAGGCGGUUCUCCGUGCAGGUCUCGCUUUGA